GGCGGCGGCCCCGCAGACGCCCGCCGCGAUCACGGGCGCCAGCCGCGCGGGGUUCGCGGGCGCGGCGCCGCGCACGCCCGCCGCCAUCACCGGCGGCGGAGCGGCCGCGCCGCAGACGCCAGCGCUGAUCACUGGGGUCGCGGCGGGUGGCCUGAAGGCGCCGCAGACGCCGGCCUUCGCCGGCAGCCAGAGCUCCAUGGCGUCCGCCCCCACGCCCUCCGGGGGCACGGCCACGCCUGGCGGGCUGUUCUCGCUGCUGUCGAGGCCCGCGCCGGCCACGCCCGCGCCUGGCCUCAGCCUCGGCGGGCGGGUGGCGCCUGGGACGCCUGCCGCCAUCCUCUCCACCGCGGUGUCCGAGGCUCCCACGCCGAAGGCGGCGCCACGGAAGCAGCUGCUCAAGCGGGCCGAGCAGGAGGGGCUGGUCUCGAACUACGCGCCGAAGAGGCGGCGUGCCAGCGAGAGGCAGGGCGAGGCCGCCAAGGCAUCGCCGGCUGCCGAGCAAUCGGAGGGCAGGCAUCGCCGAGACAUGACCUACGCAGAGUGGGCCGAGGCGAAGUUCAGGUUAGAGGAGGCCGGCGAGGACGAGGCCUGAGAGGAGACUGGAGCCAAGGCCCACUCUGGGGCGGCCCGAGCUCUUUGCCCCCUCCCUCUUGCCCUGCCCCUUCCCCUCGAUCAGAGGAUGCCGGUUCUUCUCGGGCCCUCCAGGUCGGAGCCGGCGCCGCUCGAGAGAGGGCAAACGGGACAUUGCCGCGCAAGAGGGGGAUGGGAUGCAU